AUGUCAGCUCCGAACGAGAUGGCCGAGAGGCCGAGCCGAGGAAAGCUUGACAAGGGAAUCAGAAAGUUCAAGAUAGUCAACCGCUUCGUUCAGUCCGACGCCGCUGGCAUCAAACCCGGCGAAGAUGCCCUCAGCCUCCACAACCGCACUGGAUAUCGUCGAGCUGCCAUCUCUCAGGCUCGGGCGAGGAGUCCCGCUGGCGCUCAUUCCUCCCUACCACUUCAAGGCCCUCUGCGAGCACCAGGCGCCCACCCGCUAAGACAUGGCUCAAUCUCUUCCGACUAUUCUGCCACCAGUCUCGGCAGCGGCGGGAGUAGUUCCACCACCGCCACCCGUAGUAGCGGCAGCGGUAGUAACUCGUCUUGCGCAUCGCUCGCUCGACGAGUAGAUGCUUUGAGUAUGCACCACCACCUCAACCACGCUGCUCAUCCCUACGCUUCAGAUGCCAGCUUCCCAGGCAUUCACAGUCAGCAUUCCAGCCCUCUACUCAAGACGCUGGAUGAACAAGGCCACGCAAUGAAGACGUAUUCGGACGCCGCUAUCCUGCAGGCCACAGCCACAAUGGACAUGACGUUGCCAGGUCCAGAAAUAGCUCAUUCGGAGCCUAUCAUGCACCAUCUUCAGUAUCGAUUUUCCCAUUGCUCUGACACAGGCAUCACUCCUUCCGAUGUCCAUAUUAUGGACUCACCGCUGGGUAGUCCGGGAGCCGUCCCUCCUGAUUCACCCAUGCCUCCUCCCUCUUCAGUCCCUCGAAUUGACCCUGCUUCCUUUCCCAUGCAUCAAUCACCCAAUUCAAAGAAGCCCUUGUCUGUUCCUCAUUCGGCUCCCAGUUCUGUUGUCGAAAUGUCCCGCGAGAACUCUUCGCAUGGGGCUGCCGCAGAUAACGGGAAUGCUGGCGGGUCUCCGUAUGAGCACAACGAUGAGGUGGCCAGCAACAACACCAUUCGGGAGUCAUCCGAGCCAAGUUCAUCUGCAGCUUCCAGCGAUCAGCCAUCCACUCCGCCACCGGAGAAUGAUGAGGAAGACAGUGAGGACAAUUCAUCGGAGCACGAGAGCGAGUCCCCUUCAGAUGACUCACGCGAAUCUCCGGAUCCUCUGCAGAGGGACUUCCUGGAAGAACUUUUGCGUCCCGUCAAGCGCCAUCUCUUCCAACGUCUCAUGCUAUAUGUCGCAAACAACAGGAACCUGGGCAUCUCACUUCCCACGGCGCCACUGUUUGGCUGUACUGGCGUUGUCAAGACUGAAUUUCCUGACCCACUUACUUCCCUGCCUUUGAUGCAAAAGGAUUUCCCUAAACAAGAAGCAUCACAAGAGUGCGACAGGCAUUUUCUCGCAGCAGGGCCCAAGGAGACCCCUGCUUCAACAGACCCAGGCGCAUCUUCCAGCCGUGCCAAUGGCAAGAAGCCCUGUAUGCCUGCCAGUGGUCAAGCAAGCCGCACGGACAUGGGCAACAAUCGGAAGAGGAAGUGCCGGAGUGCUGGUUCGCCGGCCGACGACGAUGACGGGAACGAUAGUGACAAUGAAGAUAAACGCCGCCGCGCCCCUAAACCUCGCAGGUCUCCAAGUCCCCACAAUGGACACAGACAUCUGAGGAUAGCGUGUCCGUAUUUCAAACGGAACCCGUAUGGAACGCCGAAGGCUGAUGCAUGCUUUCACACUGGAUUCAGGGAGAUCGCGAAGCUGAAAGAGCACUUGGAUCGAGUCCACGACGGUUCCAUCCAAUGCCCGCGCUGCUUCAAGUUGUUCAAAAAGCAAGACGAGGUGGCCGCCCACCUUCGCGUUGCUGGGGAGGAGAUGUGCGUGCAGGUUCAAGAACAACCACACAAGGAUGUUUUCAACGCUUCCCAAGCUAGCGAGCUCAAGGUCAAGGGGCGCAUGCGAGGCCAUUCUAUUGAGGAGAAAUGGCGGACCAUUUGGCGCAUCCUAUUCCCCUCAGACCAGGAGCACACGAUUCCCUCGCCAUGGUGGGUGGACCGUGACCAACUACUGGGCUCGAGCUUCUACAGGCGCUACGAGAACUUCCUGCGGAAUGAUCUGCCGCCCCGCUUAGAGCAGGGUCUCACCGCACUUGUCGAUCAGCUUUUCUAUCUGGAGCCGAUCCAUGACUUCAUUGAGCGUGUCGUUCAUGAUUGCUUGGAGCAAUCCUACGCCCACUUCCGUGGUCAGGACACUGGUCAACCGCCGACGGUGCCACGCCAGCACGAGGAAGAUGCACCAGCAGAAAUGGUACCAGCAACAGCCUCAUCGUCAGCUGGAUUCAGUACCGCCCCACACAAUCCUGGCGUGCUCCCUCCUGCCGCAUCCAGCUACAUUGAUCCGUCGUUCACCAUGAUAGACGCGACGACGAAUCACGGCUACCAGCCCCGUUCGUUGCAGCAAUCUCAAGAUGGUUCGACGCCGGCGGCCUUCAGUGUUCAUGCUCUCCCCCAAGGCCAGCACGUUGACGUGCCGAACGGGGAACAUUCUGCAUCCCUGCUGACAACUCCUCGCUCAACGCAGCUCGAGGAAACCAAUGAUGCGCCGGACCUGAUGACCAGCUACCUGAACGUGGCACUUGAUGGCUCUGCGGAGCACAAUCCGUCGGGCCGGUCACCGAUCGACCAAUGGGCUACCACUGAUUUCGAUGAUUACAGUUCAGGUUACCAUGAGCGUUUCUCUAGAUAG